UAGAGGGGAGGUAAUCGUGAACGUAGGAGACGGUACAGGGAAAAGAAACACUGACAAAUGGCUUCAUCAAGCACAACAAAACCCUUGGAGAAGGAUGAAGACACAGACAAACAGACUCUGGGUAGAAAAAGAAACUCCAUGGAUUAUCCUCCAAACAUGUCCAGGAUUGUGCUGGUGGGGAAGACUGGCGCUGGAAAAAGCUCUUCAGGAAACACCAUUCUGGGGAGGAAGGCUUUCAGAGAUGCCAAAUCUGGCUCUUCUGUAACUAAGGAGUGUUGUAAGGAGACAGAAGAGGUGGCAGGGAGGCAGGUCUGGCUAGUGGACACACCAGGAUUAUUCGAUACAAGCCACUCUGACAGUUACUUGAAGACAGAGAUCAGUAAAUGUAUCAACAUGACUUCACCUGGUCCCCAUGCAAUUGUAUUGGUCAUAAACAUGGGGCCAUUCACAAAGGAGGAACAGAACGCGGUUAAGAAAAUCAGGGCGUUAUUUGGAGAAGAAGCUGAACGGUAUACCAUUAUCCUCUUCACCCAUGGAGAUGAGUUGGGUGAAGGUGGCAUUAAGCAGUAUGUGAAUGAAGGACAGAAGGACCUCAAGACCCUUCUGGACCAGUGUGGUGGAAGGUACCAUGUUAUUGACAACACCAAGAUGGACAACAGAGACCAAGUUGUGGAGCUCCUAGACAAAAUUGACCACAUGGUGGCCGUAAACGGUGAAGACUACUACACCAACGACAUGUACAAGGAAGCGGAGAGAAACCUCACACUAAAAGAGGAAGAGUUGAAGAAGCUUUAUGAAGAGAAAAUACAAGAGUUUGAGAGGGAAUUGCCACCCAAGUACCAACAAUUAAGCAAUACGUUUUGGGAACAAAUGGAGGCAUUGAAGAAGUCAAUGGAAGAGAUGAAAAAGACAAUGAAUGACUUUUCAAAACAAGAUCAAAACAAAAUAUUGCGGAUCAUGGAACACAUGCGCCAUUUUAAAAGGAAGUUAUGGGCUGUGAGGAGUGAGGCAGAGCAAACACAAGUGAAUGAAGACAUUUCUACAGAGGUUAAUAUCAAGUUAAAAGAUCUACAUGUCUGAGGUUGCUGAAGACCUUCCUGAGACAUUUAAAUGGCACAUCUUAUCAUGGUGCUCCUAGUUUUAUUACUAAUGCUAAAUGUAAAAACUG